UUAUUUGUCUUAAGCGACCACCUCUUAUUUUACAAUGUUGUAAGCGACUUGAAUAAUACACGUGUGUUCCAGCAUGGCGGCUUACAGAGUUAGCACGUUUAUGUUACAUGGUGUCAGAAGUUGAACUUUUCAAGCUAUUAGUGAGUCCUUACACAUGCCAUAUAACAUUUUUAAUUGUGCGAGACACUAAUUAAAAUGGCGUAUGCAUUCGAGCAACCCAGUUUUGAUUGGGAGUCUAAAAAUUUGUACUUGGAAUUUACUCGAUUCCGACAGCAUGCUGAGCUCGUUUUCAAGGGUCCACUAUCACAAACAGAUGAUAAGAUAAGGGCAGGAUGGUUGGGCAUGUGGAUUGGAAAACAAGGGAGAGAAAUUUAUAAAACAUUCACUUGGGAAGAAGAUGAAGAGGAUAAACCAGAAGCAAUAUUCGGCAAGCUUGAAAAUUAUGUAAGACCCAGAAAAAACAAACGUGCACAAAGAUUUAAUCUCCAGAAAAGGAAGCAGGAGGAAGGUGAGACAUUUGACAAUUUUGUAAAAGACAUCAGAUUGAUUCUUAUGGAUUGUGAGUACCAAGACGCUGAAGACAUUUUAAUUGACUGUAUAAUACGUGGGGUAUACUAUCCUCGAGUUCAAGAGAAACUGUUAGAAAAAGGGGGAAAGACUUACUCUAGCUCAAGCAUUAGAAAUAGGCAGACAGUAUGAGUCAUCCCAGCAACAAAUGAAGAUUUUAAGACCAGAAGUUGAAGUUUCCGCCAUUAAUCACAAGUCACAUAAGAGUAAGGAAAGCCAUGCUAGUAGAAAUCCCUCACAAGCCUCUAAGAGACAGGAACACAUACCUUGGAAGCAAAAGAACAAGAAAUGUGGUCAGUGUGGUUUAGAUAUUGCAACAGCUCAUAGAAACAAUACUUGCCCAGCAAAAGGAACCAAAUGCAGAUAUUGUAAAAGACUAGACCAUUGGUAUUCAGUAUGCAGAAAACGAAAAGCCAAGGCAGUACACACUUUACAGGAAAGUGAUAAUGAUGUUUACUAUGAUGAUUCAGUGAGUGAAGAUAGCAACAAUGAUCCACUGUACAUUCAUACAACUGAAGUUGAUGAUGAAAAUGUUGACUCUGUGAGUGCAGCUGAAGAUAAAUGGAUAGUGACACUAGAUGUCCAAGACAAGCCACUUAAAUUUCGUAUAGAUACUGGAGCAAAAUGUAACAUUCUAGUGAAAGCUGAUUAUGAAAAACUUAGUCUUCACAAGAACUUGAACCAAACAACUAAAGUUCUUCGCUCCUACUCUAAUCACAAGAUCCGCCCAAUCGGAAAAGCACAGCUUUCAGUGGCAUACAAUACUACUCAGUUGCCAGUUGACUUUGAAGUAGUAGACAUAGACCAGGAAAAUGUCAUUAACGGUGCAGUUUCAGAGAAACUUGGGCUCCUCCAUAGAGUCAGAGUUAACAAGGUAAACAGUGUAGAUGAUUUCACUGAACUUGCCAAGGACACAGGUACGCUACCAGGUAAGCAUACCAUAAAGAUAGACCCAACAGCAAAGGGAGUUAUACAUCCAGCCAGACGACAGCCAGCAUCACUGAAGCCACGCAUCGUAGAGAAAUUACAGGAAAUGGAAUCAGAUGGCUUCAUUACCCGAGUCCAUGAGCCAACUGAAUGGAAGGUUAUUCAGAGAGCUACUGAAUACAACCUAAAGCUCAACUUUGAUAAGUGUCAGGUGCGUCAGCCCAGAGUUCAGUAUGUGGGACAUAUCCUCACAGCAGAGGGCCUGAGCCCAGAUCCAGAAAAAAUGCGUGCAAUAACUAAGAUGACACCACCCACAGAUAAGGAUGGAGUACGAAGAAUACUUGGUCUUGUACAGUAUCUAGCCAAGUUCAUAACAAACCUGAGUCAGGUGGAUGCCCCACUGAGAGCAUUAUUGAAGAAUGAUGUGUCAUUCAAGUGGGAACAUGAGCAACAAGACACCUUAUGA